GUAGUCACCUAUAUAAGCUGAUAUCCCCCAUGUUCUUUGGCGAAUAUCCACGAAAGACUGAUCACUUAUCGCUGAUAAUCACUCUUUAGACAACCUGGGACUUCGUAUCACUCACAGCCUACGUCAAUACAAACUUACAACCAGUUUCAAAAUGAAGUCCUUCUUCCUUUUCACCACUGCCCUUCUCUCCUCGUCUGUUUUGGCGCAGUCAUCUUCCCAGGCUGGAGGACAAGGCGGCGGCAGUGUCCUUCCCACGUGCGCACAACCUUGUGCCCUGAGGGCCAUCCAAGAUAGCAAAUGCGGCUCUGAGGAUCCUGGUUGCGUCUGCAAAGCUCCGGGGUUCGCCGAAUCCUACGUCAGCUGCGUCAACACCAACUGCAGCCCUAGUGAUGCCGCUGCUGCGAUUGCUGCUAGCAUUCGACUCUGCCAGGCUGCUGGCGUCACUAUCACCGCCGUUCCGAGCGCCACGGCUGAGUCUCAGGCUCCUGGAUCAACAUCUGUUGCACCCGUUGUUCCCGUCCCGCCUGUCGUUCCUACUGCCCCUCCUGUCGCCACUCCAACUGCACCUGCGCCUAUUCCUUCUACACCGGCGUCUAUUCCUUCUACACCUGUUCCCACUGCUGGUGCCAACUCUCUCAACACCGGAGUCGCGGCUAUUGGAAUGGUAUGGGCUUCCAUGAUGUUCUUGUUUGCUCUUAUGUAGGAAGAUCAAUUUUCACCAAGCAACGAUGCUUUGCCUUAAAAUGGUCCAAAAUAUUGUGAAACGCACAUCGGAUUGGAUACGCGAAAGUUGAAAGGAUCUAUACGUACAUACGCACAAUAGUAUUGAUAUUUGUUCUGAAACAUGGUUUUCUUCUUGCGAUUUGGAUAUACUCAAAUUCCACGCGCCCGGAUGCACGAUAAUGGGGCUUGUCCUUGAAGUAGCAUGAGACUUGAGACCUUGCACCCAGCAAACUACC